AGAAUAUAUAUAUUAAGGGACACGCAGACACGCCGGAGACGGGCUCUGGAGUACGGCUAAUGAAGCACUCGCCGGGCAAACGACAACAGCAACAACGCCACUAAUGAUGAUGAUAAUAAUGAUGGCAAUAAUGAUGCGAAUGAUGACAAAACAUGGUUGGAGAAUGACAAGCGCCCACUAAUUAUGAUAAAUGCAAUGUAGAUAAUAAGCAAAACCCCAAAGAACCAACAGCUCGAAGCAAGUGAAACACACACACACGCACACGCUUACACACACGCACACGCUCACUGCACAAGGAACUCCCGCGUGGAAACAAGAAAUAUAAAGAAGAAGAGGCAGAAGCAGCCGAAGCAGAAGCGCCAACAAUGUCAAAAUAUCAAAAACUUGACAACGCGUUGGCACCCACAAUGCACGAUGACGAUUACGAUGAGAGUUUUUCACUCUAUGGGGAUGAUAAGCAGCAUCAGCAGCAGCAUCCGCAGCAGCAGCAUACCAAUCCUAGCAGCAAUCAUAUAAGACUGAAUAACAGCACUCACAUGCCAAAUGGUAAUCCCAAAUAUCACUAUAACUCCUCCUCCAACAACAACAACAACAACAACAGCAGCAACAGCAAUGAGAAUGGGAGUGGCAAUGGCAAUCUGGAUCCAAUGAGAGGCAGCAGAGCCGAAGGUUUGGACCUGGAGGAGCACACGUGGGAGGUGCCAUUGCUGCGCAGCGGCGGCGGCAGCAGCAGCAACAAUAGUCACAUUAAUUUGCAGCUGGAUACGAGCAUCGACACUUUUGUCGCCUGUCGCAGCGCUCAGCCGGGCUUUGGCGCGAACCUUAAAAGCAAAUCGGCGCAGGAGGCGAAAUUUAAAAUUCUGCUUGCAAUUUCGCUCUGUUGCAUAUUCAUGAUUAUUGAAUUCCUUGGCGGCUAUAUAGCCGGAAGUCUGGCCAUUAUGGCCGAUGCGGCACAUUUGGCAUCUGAUUGCAUUAGUUUCGUCAUCGGCCUGGUCGCCAUUUGGCUGGGCGCCCGACCGCCAGAUGCACGCAUGUCCUUCGGUUACAAACGUUUUGAGGUCGUCGGCGCCUUGAUCUCCAUCCUGGGCAUUUGGCUGCUGACGGCAAUGCUCGUCAUUGUUGCCAUCGAACGCAUUUGGUCGCUGCAGUUCGAGCUAGAUGUUAAUGUCAUGAUGUGGAUAUCGGCCAUUGGCAUUGUCAUCAAUGUUGUGUUUAUUAAUUUGUGCAGCGAGAUGCCUGAAGUUAAUAUUUGGCUUAUACAUAUAAACAACAUGCGUGCAUGUGUAUUUGUGAGUGUGUCUGUGUGUGUGUGUGCUUAUAAUACAAUCUGCCUGCUUUAUCCGCCUAGGUCGAGCGAACGCAAUCUUAACCUGCGCGCCGCAAUGAUUCAUGUGAUUGGGGAUCUGGUGCAGAGCAUCGGCGUCUUUCUGGCGGCCAUACUAAUCAAAUUCUAUCCGGGCGCCAAGUUCGUGGAUCCAUUGUGUACGCUGCUCUUCUCGAUAAUUGUGAUUAUGACCACAGUGCAGCUGUUCCGUGAGUCUGUCGGCGUCCUCUUGGAUGCGGUGCCGCGGAAUGUGUGCCUGGCGACGCUGCAGCACGAGCUGUCCGGCAUCGAGGGUGUCAAAUCGGUGCAUCAUGUGAAUGUCUGGCAGCAUACGAGCGACUACAAUGUGCUGAUGGCUCAUCUGGUUGUGGAUGCGCUAAGCGAUCCGAAUGCUGUGCUGGAGCUGGCCACACAGUUGGCCUGUGGCAGCAAAUACAAGAUCAAACAUGCGACCAUACAAAUCGAACGUUUGACUGAAAGUGUAUUAGACAACAACAGCAAUUUAUAUACUAAACGACCAAAAAGGCGUCUGGCGCGCGGCAACAAUUCAUGUGAUCCUAUUGAGAAAUAACUAGAAAUCGUAUUCAUAUCUUUUCAAUUGUUUUAUUUUUUUAUUAAUGUUUAUUAAUGCUGUAGAUAAAUGUUAUUUCUAGAUUGU